GGUGACAUGGCCGAAUAGAGCGCACUAGCGGAGCGUCGGUCGUGCUUUACACUUUGUCCUCGUUAUUCCAAGUGAACACCGGGGGUGGGAAUAUCUUGUCCGGACUUCCAAAGGCUUACCUGAAAAGGCGCACGGAGGGACUUCGCAAUUAACUGCGCUUUUUUUGUAUAAUUUGUCAGGGAAAAAGUGCCUGGCGGGGGGAGGAAUAACCAAAACGCAACACGUAUCCGGUGGGAUCCCACUCCUGAGCGAGAAAAGCGGCAGGAGUUGGAGCGAGGGGCGCAAGAGGAGAAAGAGAGAGAAGGAGAGAGAGAGAGAGAGAGAGAGAGAGAGAGAGAGAGAGAGAGAGCGUUGACAUUUUGCCCGCACCAUCUCUUUUUUAUUUAAGAUAAAGGAAUAAUGAGGAACGUUUGGAUAAUUUUGUCCCUCGGGCUGACGGUGUUCCUCUCCGGGGAAAGGAUAGCAGAAGCAGCCAAGCCUUCCUCUCAGGCGGAUGACCUGUACUUGGACGACACAGGCUCAGGAGGUUACUACCCUGAAGAUGAUGAUGACUUCAACUCAGGGUCUGGCUCAGGUCGAGGUGAGGAAGUGGUGGAGGAGACCGUGACUGUCAGUAUGGUCUACAUCGAGCCCAAAGCAGCAGAACCCACCCAGGACUCCACCAAAGACUUCACCCCCAGGGUGGAGACAGCCACAGCCAGAGACACUGCCAGGGACAACACGCCCAGGAAACCACUCAGAACAGAGGCCCCGGUGCCAGCUACAGAGGACAUGCGGAGGAACCAGAUGACCAGUACCACCAGUGCCCCAGGCUCACCCCAAGAACCCAUUGAGGUUCGCUCUGAAAACCUCUUCCAGAGGACAGAGGUUUUGGCAGCUGUUAUUGCAGGUGGAGUGAUUGGCUUCCUGUUUGCCAUCUUCCUCAUCCUCCUCCUGGUCUACCGCAUGAGGAAGAAGGAUGAAGGCAGCUAUGACCUGGGAGAGAGGAAACCCUCCGGCGCAGCCUAUCAGAAGGCCCCAACCAAGGAGUUUUAUGCAUAAAACCCUGCCCUCCCAUCGCCAGAUUGACAAAUCGCCAGUGACUGUCAAAAUGCAGUCCACAACAACAACAACAACAACAACAACAACAACAACAAACCUGUUCAGAUACAACACGAAACAACAAGAAAAAGUUACAACGUUGAUUGAGGAAAAAUAGCAUAAAGGAAAGCUUUUGCAUAGAGUAUUGUAAUUAAGACCUUUUCUUUCUUCUUUUUUUAAAUGAAAGCCAAGCAUUGCUCAUUUUAUGGCAAAUCUCAGUGUAUUUAAACAUUUUGUGUAUUAUUUGAAAAGGCUGAAAAAAAUAAACAGCAAAAACAGGAUCUGUAAAGGCGAGGAAACCGAUCGCAUCUGUCUUCUGUCAAAGGAGCUGUUUUUAGUCGCUGACUACUUUUAACUGUAGCAGUAUGUUAUUUGUAAAGAAAAAAUUUAAAAGUGGAAAUAAUUGAAUAUAAUUAUUCUAUAUCAAUCCUACUUUCAUUUUUUUUCUUUUUAUUUUGUCCUAGCAUGUCUGAUGUUGAUCUCUAAAGGUGUAUUUCAUUAAUUUAUCUUUUCUCUGAUGUUUAAAAAAAAAAAUGCCUUUGUAGUUUUGAUGAAGUUCUUUGGUCUUCAUAUUAACGCUGUUAACAGUCAAUGUAAAUGUUCUCCCUUCAGGUUACAAUGUUUAUUUUUUGCUCUUACAUCAGUUUUUAAUCAAACGUGAGCAUUUCAUUAUGUCUUGUUUAUUUGUUUGUUUUCUUUUCAGUGUAGCCCUUGGUGAUAUAUAUAUAUAUAUAAAAAAAAAACAGGUUUUCUUUUUGACAGCAUAUAAUUUUCAUACCUAGGAAUUGGUCUUAAAAGGCAAAAAUGUGUCAGGGCACGAGAAAAAUAGCAAGACUCACUUCCACGUUAUGUCUUGUGGAAUUAUUUUCUUUUUUUUUUUUUGUAUUUAAUUGCAUUCGAUUUCAUAUUGCACAUCCACUGCAUUGUUUCCCCUCUGGUGUCGUGCAGCUAUGGGUGUAUGUCGUUUUUUGGGGUGAAGUUGCUUCCUUUUGGCCUAUGGCUCUGGCGCAUAUCCACCCCCCUGAUGUGUCCCCCUAGUUUGCUCUGACCGCCCCCACACUUUUCUAACACCCCCUCUCACACUUUUCCCCCCAUCUCUGUCUUUCUUUCUCUCUCUGUUUACCCCAGCCUCCCUCGCUUUCACCCUCUUUUUAAUCAGAUUGGAGUGUGGCCAGUUGAGCUGUCGAUCCCCUCCUUUUUUUCUCACUCAGCUGUGUGGAGCCACCCGGGCAGCUUGUGAGCAAGCCAUCCAGCCCAGUGCCUGGUGUUAUUGUCCGUGUCCCAGUGUUGACGCUGCAGGCCCAAAGAUCUGCUCAAUGAAGGCCUGACAGUGCUAGGCAUGACUGCCUGGACACAAACACACCAGCCCGGGACAGAAUCCACACAUGCAGAACACACAGCUCUGCAGCAAACUACACCAGGAGGCCCUUUACAAACCUAGUUUCUUUCCGAAGGAUUGCCUAUUGAUAAAUAAAGUGACAUAUUAUAUGGAAGACCACAGUGUUAAGUGAAAGUAGUCGUUGGCAAGGUGCUAACUUUGAAGUCUACUCAAGUGUUUUAGUGGUCAAUUCAUGCAUUUCAAGCCAGCUUCAGGUCAGUUUUACUGGCCUGUUGUUUUGUAGAUGGGAUGCUGCUUUGUCCUCCCUGAGAAGCUGAUGGGCGAUGAGGUUGUUCAGUCCUCUUUGUCGGUCUAAAAUCUACACAAGGGACUGUUUCGUCUCACUCUCCUCUCUGCAUCACCAAUUGAACCGAGCUAAAUGAAAGGCCACGCAAUGACUGCUGCAGAAUGUCCACGCAGGCUUUUUGAGUUUUGACGUCCAGUGUGAAUGCAAACGGUACGAUUGCAUUAAGACUCGCUGUUGUCCGUCACCUUCUCAUUUAAAUGUUCGUCAACUCUACAUAAAUUUGCUCUCAAGAGAGACAGGCAUCGCGUCAUGUCCGGCAGGUUGUCAAGUUGCCUUUUUCAGCUGUACAGUAAUGUGAAGUAGAUUAGAUGCUGUCACAUUGUCUAAACUCCUAGCACCCUCCCUCAUGAGGCCGUUCAUUCUUCAACUCUCCUCUACCUCUCCAUCCGCUCAUCUCCUGCUCUCCCCUCCGUCUCUCCACGGUCCUUUGGGUCCCUCAGUCUUCACCCUCUGCUCCCAGCCUCAUUUUACUUAUCCUUUCAUGCUCUUGUCGUUCGAUCUAAGGUACUGAACUGCAUACGCAAAAAAACCCAAAGACUCACAGUAUUUUUACUCCACUCUCUUCUCAUACCCACCCCCCACCAUGGCCACAUCAUGUUGUUAUUUUUUGUUAUCUUUUUCUGUUUUUAGCUUUUUCUCUCUAUUAGAGACCCGACCAUUGAGUCCGAUUGCUUAUUAGUAUAUAAGAAGAUAUAUAUAUAAAUAUAUAUAUAUUAAUGUAUAUUCACAAAUGUUUUAAACCUUCAAAGUGCCUACCAUUUGGAAAUGUACUUGCUCUAGGUGAGCAUGAGGCGGGUGCGUACACAAACGGAGGGGUGGAAACGACUUGACUGGCAUUCUGUGAGCACAGAUGACUGUAAUGGUAUCGUUUUUUUUUUAGUCUUACAAAAGCUGACAGUAUUGUACCUAUAAGUUGAAACAACACUACUGAAUAAACAUUGUGGCCUAAUA